UGUUUUGUGCCUGAAGAAAACAAGAUGAUGUCUUUUCAAAAUCAUACUCAUACCCAAACCAAGAAAACAGAUAGUUCCUGUGCAAAGACCCCUGUGGAAGUGACUCAUAAAUCAAAGAAGAUAUGCAAGGCCUUCCGGGAUAUUUCUACAUACUUUUCUGAGGAAGAGUGGGCAAACCUGACCAAAUGGCAGAAAAGUGCCUAUGUGUAUAUGAAAAGAAACUACGUCCGAAUGACCGGCCUAGGGAUCACAGUCAACCAACCAGUUUUCAUGCGACAUAAGAAACAGGCCAACAAUUCUCUGGUCGAAUGUAUUGAAGUUCAUGACAGUGAAGAUGAAUAUUCUGAAGGGACUUUUGGCAUGACACACAGAAAAAGCGGGAAGAUAAUAAAUCUUCGAAAAGUAAAUGGAGGACUUGUCUCCAGAGAUGCUUCUGUUUCCUUUGCUUCCAAAUUGCCAGGCAAUCAGGUAAAUGCUUGGAGCAAUCGGUUGCGAGAAAGGAAGACUAGAGUGAUAUAUGAAGAGAUCAGUGACCCUGAAGAAGAUGAUAGUGAUUACUUUAUCUGUAAGUAG